AUGACAUUCCUACUGAAUGCCUUGAAGGUUCAUUAUGUCUUGGAUCCCCACUUAACACCAAUUCCUGAACCAACCGAAAAUGAUUCUGAAGAAGUCAAGAAGGAGCGCAUGAAACGUAAGGAGGAUGAAAUGCUAUGUCGUGGACAUAUUUUGAACACACUAUCUGAUCGUCUCUAUGACCUCUAUACGGAUAAUUCGUCGGCAACAGAAAUCUGGAAAGCACUCGAAUUCAAAUUCAAGGUUGAAGAGGAAGGUACGAAGAAGUUCUUAAUUUCUAAAUAUUUUGAUUUUAAAUUCAUAGACUCUAAGGUCAUUCUUCCCCAAGUGCAUGAAUUGCAAGUCCUUGUGAAUAAAAUAAAAGCAGUAAAAAUAGACAUCCCCGAAACCUUUCAAGUUGGUGCAAUUAUUGCAAAAUUACCACCUUCUUGGAAAGGUUACAGAAAGAAAUUGUUGCACAGUUCUGAGGACUUCUCCUUGGAGAAAAUCCAGAAACAUCUUCGAAUCGAAGAGGAAUCGAAGGAAAGGGAGAAAUUAGAAUAUGCGGGUCUUUCCAAAGCAAAUAUUGUGACUAACAAAGGAAAGAAGAAACAUGAUGACAUGAAGAGUCAUCUUGGACCAAGAAUUAUGGCGGUCCUAAAGGUCCAAAAAAUGGAUGUUACAUGUGCGGUAAACCUGGACACUAUGCUCGAGAUUGCAGACACAAGUCAAAAAAUGAGAUCAAUGCAGUUCGAGCCAAUGAUGACAUAA